AUGUCUUUGGCAUUUGACGAGUAUGGACGCCCAUUUUUGCUGGUCAAGGAACAGUCACAGAAGGAACGUGUGACGGGCGUGGAGGCGCAGAAGGCUAACAUCCUCGCAGCUAUGAGCGUUUCGAACGUCCUGAAGACUAGCCUCGGCCCGCGGGGGAUGGACAAGAUUCUCGUGACACAGGACAACGAUGUUGUUGUUACCAACGACGGCGCAACAAUUGUCGAUCUCAUGGACAUUGAUAACGAGAUAGGCCAGCUGAUGGUGGAGCUCAGCAAGUCCCAGGAUUCCGAGAUUGGUGACGGCACGACAGGUGUCGUUUGCUUCGCUGGCGCUCUCCUGGAACAGGCGGCCGGCCUUCUCGACAAGGGCAUCCACAGCUCCCGCAUCUCUGAGGGUUUUGAGAAGGCCUGUGAGGUGGCGUGCAGGCGUCUUGAGGAAGUCGCUGAGACAGUGCCGGUCAGCCGAGAGGAGUACAAGUUUCUGCUGGAGACUGCGCGUUCCACGCUGAACUCGAAGGUCGUCAAUCGCGAUCGUGAUCGGCUGGCGAAGAUCUGCGUUGAUGCGGUGCUGUCGGUGGCGGACAUGGAGCGCCGCGACGUGAAUCUUGACCUCAUCAAAGUGGAAGGAAAGGUUGGCGGCAGCCUUGAGGAGACAUGCUUAGUCAACGGCAUCGUCAUCGACAAGGACUUUUCCCACCCGCAGAUGAAGAAGCAUCUGAAGAACCCGAAGAUUGCCAUUCUGACGUGCCCCUUCGAGCCACCGAAGCCAAAGACGAAGCACACCGUGUACAUCUCCAGCGCAGAGCACAUGACGGAUAUUCACUCACAGGAGCAGGAGUACUUCCGCAAGCAGGUCCAGCUGUGCAAGGAUGCGGGGGCUGAACUCGUCAUUUGCCAGUGGGGCUUUGACGAUGAGGCGAACUAUCUCCUCUUCCGCAAUGAGCUCCCCGCCGUGCGCUGGGUCGGCGGUGUAGAGCUGGAGAUGAUUGCCAUCGCCACUGGCGGCCGCAUUAUUCCUCGCUUCGAGGACAUCAGCAAGGAAAAGCUCGGAACUUGCGGUACAGUGCGUGAGGUGGGUUUCGGCACCACGAAAGAUCGCAUGAUCUUCAUCGAGGACUGCCCACACAGCAAGGCGGUAACCAUCUUCAUUCGGGCUGGAAACAAGAUGAUGAUUGAGGAGGCGAAGCGCUCUCUGCAUGAUGCGGUAUGCAUGGUACGCAACCUUAUCCGCGACAACCGUGUCGUAUAUGGUGGAGGUUCUGCUGAAAUCGCCGCCUCAACGGCUGUGCUGAACCAUGCGGACACAGUGUCAACUGUGGACCAGUAUGCCAUUCGUCGUUUCGCUGACGCACUGGAGUCUAUUCCCAUCAACUUAGCGCUGAACAGUGGACUCGACCCUAUUAAAUCUCUCUCGCUCGCUCGUAUUGCGCAGGUGGAGGGGAAGAACCCAUACGCUGGUGUUGACUGCAUGGACUGUGGCACAAUCGACAUGAAACAGCAGCAGGUGUUUGAAACUCUUCAGGGUAAGUGCUCCCAGCUGCGGCUCGCCACGCAGGUUGUGAAGAUGAUCCUCAAGGUGGACGACGUCAUUGUUACACACCCCGAGGAGGAGCAAUAG